AGCAACUUUUACUGUCUGACUCACACCCUCCCUCCCUCCCCUCCAUCUCCACCGUUUUCUCUGCCAAAACUCUCUCUCUCUCUCCAAAAAAAAAGAGAAAAAACCCAUCCUUUGCUCCAAUAAACCCUAGCACAGCAGCAAGAACCACUCUAUUUUCAAGAAACAAAUCUCUCUCUCUCUCUCUCUCUGAAACACCACAACACAUGAUAUGGGUGUUUGGCUUUUUAUCCAUACCUCACUCCUUCUUUCCCUGCUAUGCAUUGCCCAUUCUCAGCAAAACGACGACGCAGCAGUCAUGCUGAAACUGAGAGACAGCCUUGUCAAAUCGUCUACUCUCGGGUGGUCUGCCUCUGACCCAUGUCAAUGGGCCCACGUGGGUUGCACAAAUAAUCGGGUAGAUCGUAUCCAGAUAGGCUACCAGAAUUUACAAGGUACACUCCCCCCAGAACUCAGAAACCUGACUCAGUUAACUAGGUUCGAGGUCAUGUCCAACAAUUUAACGGGAUCAUUACCGAGUUUGUCAGGGUUAAGCUCUCUCCAAGUCCUCCUUUUACACACCAACAAUUUCUCUUCAAUUCCUCCUGAUUUUUUCACCGGAAUGACGUCGUUAACCUCCGUCAGUUUGGAUACAAAUCCCUUUGAAUCAUGGGAAAUACCGGAGAGUCUAAAAGAUGCGACUUCUUUGAAGGAAUUCUCGGCGAAUGAUGCUAAUGUAGCUGGCAAAAUCCCUGAAUUUUUUAACAACGAUGUGUUUCCUGGAUUGGAAAGUUUGCAUUUAGCUUUCAAUUAUUUAGAGGGUGAAUUGCCUCUGAAUUUUUCGGGGUCUACUAUACGGUCUUUGUGGCUUAAUGGCCAGAAGAGUAAUUCCAGGCUAAAUGGCACUCUUUCUAUCUUGCAAAACAUGACUUCAUUGACUGAAAUUUGGCUCCAUGGAAAUUCUCUUACGGGCCCUUUGCCUGAUCUUUCUGGGAUGAUUUCAUUGGAAGAUUUGAGUUUAAGGGAUAAUAGCUUGACGGGUGUUGUUCCUCCAUCAUUAGUGAACAUUUCUACACUUCGUGCAGUCAAUUUCACUAAUAAUAAGCUCCAGGGACCGACGCCCAAGUUUGCUGAUAGAGUUUCUGUGGAUAUGAAUCCUGGGACUAAUAAUUUUUGUUUGGAUAAACCUGGUGUUGCUUGUGAUGCUACUGUCGAUGUUUUGUUGUCAGUUGCGAAAAAUUUUGGAUACCCUGCUAGUCUUGCUGACUUUUGGAAAGGAAAUGAUCCUUGCAGUUCCAAUAGUUGGAAAGGGAUUGCUUGUGUUGGAAAGGAUAUUUUGGUUAUUAACUUGAAGAAAGCAGGACUUACUGGUACCAUUUCUUCAGAUUUUUUUUUGAUUUCGACAUUGCAGGAAUUGUUUCUUUCUGAUAACAUGCUCACUGGUACGAUACCAGAUGAGCUUACAAAUUUGUCUGAUCUUACUAUUUUAGAUGUUUCGAAUAAUAGACUCUAUGGUAACAUCCCUAAGUUUAGAAAUAAUGUGCAAGUGGAAUAUGCUGGAAAUCCUGAUAUUGGGAAGAAUGGCAGUGUCUAUCCUCCCCCUGCGACUCCCGGAACUGCACCUGGCUCACCUUCUGGUACAGUUGGCGAUUCUGAUGGUAGUGGGAACAAGAAUUUGGCUACUGGAAAGAUUGUGGGUUCUGUGAUUGGUUUUGUUUGUGGUUUAUGUAUGGUUGGGCUAGGUGUAUUCUUUUAUAAUAGGAAACAAAAGCGAUCUAGUAAGGUUCAGAGUCCAAAUAUGAUGAUUAUUCACCCCCGCCAUUCAGGAGAUCAGGAUGCGGUGAAAAUCACUGUUGCUGGAUCAAGUGCAAAUAUUGGAGCUGAGAGCUUCACUGAUAGUGUUGGACCCAGUGACAUUAAUCUGGCCAGGACUGAAAAUAUGGUGAUCUCGAUUCAAGUUUUAAGAAAUGUUACGAAUAAUUUUAGUGAAGAAAAUAUAUUGGGAAGAGGUGGCUUUGGGACUGUAUACAAGGGGGAAUUGCAUGAUGGGACAAAAAUUGCAGUGAAGAGGAUGGAGUCAGGAGUGGUUAGUGAGAAAGGUCUUGCAGAGUUCAUGUCUGAGAUUGCGGUGCUUACUAAGGUUCGACAUCGCCAUCUAGUCGCCCUUAUAGGAUAUUGCUUGGAUGGAAAUGAGAGGCUUCUUGUUUAUGAAUAUAUGCCUCAGGGGACACUUAGCAGGCAUCUUUUUUGUUGGAAGGAGGAGGGUGUCAAAUCACUAGAAUGGACUAGAAGAUUAACUAUUGGCUUGGAUGUUGCUAGAGGCGUUGAAUACCUACAUGGGCUAGCACAUCAAUGUUUUAUUCAUAGGGAUCUCAAACCUUCCAAUAUUCUUCUAGGAGAUGAUAUGCGAGCCAAAGUGGCUGAUUUUGGAUUGGUUCGUCCUGCUCCAGAAGGAAAAACUUCGAUUGAAACCAGACUAGCUGGAACUUUUGGAUAUCUUGCCCCCGAGUAUGCGGUGACUGGUCGAGUGACCACAAAGGUUGAUGUGUUUAGCUUUGGAGUCAUAUUAAUGGAGAUGAUCACAGGAAGAAAAGCACUUGACGAGACCCAACCUGAGGACAGCUUGCAUCUUGUUACUUGGUUCCGUAGGAUGCACAUCAACAAAGACACGUUCCAUAAGGCCAUUGACCCAACUAUUAAUCUUGACGAGGAAACCCUCGGCAGCAUUAGCACCGUUGCAGAGUUAGCAGGCCAUUGCACUGCAAGGGAGCCCUACCAAAGGCCAGACAUGGGUCAUGUGGUUAAUGUUCUGUCAUCUCUUACUGAGAUUUGGAAAGCAGCAGAACCAGAUUCUGAUGAUAUGUAUGGGAUUGAUUUUGAGACGCCCUUGCCUGAAGUACUCCUGAAGUGGCAGGCAUUUGAUGGAAGCAGCUCUUCAUUUCUUCCCAGUGGGGAUAAUACCCAGACUAGUAUACCUACUCGGCCAUCUGGCUUUGCAGAGUCAUUCACUUCGGCAGAUGGGCGGUAGAAAAAUAAGGCAAAAGAAGUCGUGUGUGCGGUGAUAUCGGUGUGUAAACAGUGGUUGUGGUAGGGUUGGUAGUUUAUAUCCUUGUGGUGCCUUUGAGUUUGGGAUAUGCAGAUAGAUAUUUCAAGAGUGAAUUAGCUUUUAUUUGGUCAUCCUUUUUUUUCCUCUCUUUGUUUCACUUGGAUCUGACACAUGUUCAUCGAUCCCUCUUGUUCGAUGUGUUUCCAAGCAUCAAAUUUUGGGAAUAUUGGAACCAACAGUUGAAGAUCUCAUUUUGUAAAGGAAAUGACGGAAAUUCUAUUUGUUGGGAUAUCAUCAUCCUCAUGUUAUGAAUUGCUGCUUCAUUUCA